AUGGGGUUGCUCAAUAACUUAAAUGACCAAUUGGCCACACAGCAGUAUUCUUCAAAAGAGAGCCAUUCACAAGCGGAGGCUUUAAUGACUCAAAACGACGAAACUACACAACAGGAUGGAUACAGAAAGCAACUGGGGCAACUGGGGCAACACGAGCAACUUGGGCAACUUGGGCAACAUUUUUCCAUUUUGGGCUCUGCUUUUAACAUAGGCUCCUCUCUCGGAAACCAUAAAGAACCUCACAAUGAACAAGGACCAGAUCUAAGUAUCUUGAGCAAAAUCAAAAGUAGAUUAAUGAAGGGAGCAAUGGGAGAAAAAGAAGAAGCCAAGAUUGAUCAACAUGAGAUUGCUUUGGCUGAAACUCAAAAAAUUGACAACAACAGCACAAUCAGAGACAAUGCUCACAAUGGUACAGAUCAACAAGAUAACGACGAUGUUUUAAAUGAUGGCGUUUUCACCAAAUUCCAAGUACUUCCUCAAUUGGAAGUUGACGAAACAGAGUAUUUACAACCACUGUCUAUCGUUGAUACAAAUCCCAAUCUAGAUCCUACGCAAGUGAUUCCCAAAACAUCCAAAUCACCAAAUCUUCAAAAUUUAUUCAUAUCAGAUGAUGAAAUUGAAAAAGAAGUAAACAAUGACACUGAAAUGCUCUCAACAGAAGAAGAAAGAGCCAAGAGAAUUGCUGAACUAUCAAAUAAAAACAAACAAGAAAGAUUGCUCAAACAGAAACAAAACAUGGAAGAAUUGGAUGAGGAUCUUACGAGAGGCACACUAACAGAUGAAGAAAAUGAACUCAACGACGAAGCUAACGACACCGUGAUUUCUUCGCAUAUCAAGAGCGAUGGCUUGUCCACCAAAGAAUUGGAAAAAGCACAAGAAUUUUUGAGUAUAAAAAAGAGAAAUAUGGACAUUCAACCCGUGUUUAAAAGCGCAAAAGUGUUUACCAAGGACAAAUUUCUAGACGCAUUCUCUGAUGAUGAUGAUGAUGAUCAUAAUGAUCAUAAUGAAGAUGAUCAUGUUAAACACCAAGCUGCAAAACCACGUUCUUCACCACCCCUCUCACCACCACAAACAUCAACAAAAGACUUUUUAGACUCAAGCCCAAUUACUUCUCCGGUUCAAGAAGGAGUAGAAGAAUCCAUCAAGCAAAUGUUUCUGCUAAAACCCACCCUGAACAACCCCUUGGAAGCAUACACUAGGAAAUUGAAAGAGGAAACUAUUGGCAAGGGAAAAAGAAAUGCAUAUGGCAAUGUUAACGAUGAUGGUGAAGGGGAAGCAGUAAACGAGGCUUUAAUCACUUUAGACUCCGAUUCCGAUGAAGAUGUUGGUAGAAUUGGGAGGUCCUCAUCGCCAAUUAAAAACAGUUAUAUAUCUCAAUAUACAACGCGAGCCGCAAAGGAGCUCAAUGUUAUACCAGAACUUUCGAAGGAAAGGAAGCUCAUGAUACGCCAAAAAUUUUCCAAAAAGAGAAUGGCCAACAAUACAACCAAACAAAGACUAAAUGACACUGCUUCAGCAUCAAGGAAACAAAAUGAUUUCUUAAAACAACUUUGUAAACGAAACAUUGAUCAAUUAAGGGUCCAGAAACUUAAUGACCCUGAGCAUGCAUUGAUGGAAGAAUUCGAGAAAGAGGAGGAAACAAUGACAACUCUCUUGGAAAGAGAAAUGGAAAGGGUAAGGAAGAUUAGACAAAAGGAGAAAUUACAAGAACGCGCCAAGUUAGCACUCAUGAGCAAGGCAUUGAAUGGAGAUAAGCUGUAUAAUGAAGGUGAUGAUGAGUCAUAUCAUGGCUCUGAUGGUGAGGUGCAUAGUGAAGUAGCUGACUCAGAAGUUCCUGAUAGCGAGUAUGAUACAGACGAAGGUGAAGAAGAAGAAGAAGGAGAAGAGGGAGAAGAAAGAGAAGAAGGAGAAGAAGAAGGGGAAGAAGGAGAAGUCGAUGAUGAUAAUCUUUACUCUCAAAUAAGUUACGACCAAAAAAUUAAUCCAGAUAAUUCAAAUAUUGCUCAAGAUAAUUCCUAUGUGAGAGAUUAUGGCGCCAGCCAAGCAGGUCAAGAUAACGCAAUGCACAAACUAUUUGAAAAUCUUCCAUCCAGAGUUACCGAAGACUCGUUCAUGUCUACACAAAACGAACAGUUGUCAAAGCCUACUGGUAUAUUGCCCGAGUUCACUGACUUGACUCAAGAACACCAGGCAACUCAACUGACACAAGUUGAUACGGCCACUCAAAUAGAUAGUCUCAGUAAUGUAGCGGAAACUCAAGUGAUAAGAAAACCUCAUGAGAAAACGAUCAAAGAGGACAACAUGAGGACGGGUAAAGUGCAAAUCAGUAUGAAUGCGGCUCGGGAGGAUAAACAUAUGGCUAUUGACGCUGAUAAUGCGGAAGAACAGGGAAAAGAAGCAGAAGAAGGAGAUGGUGAUGAUGAUGAUGAUGAUGAUGAUGAUGAAGACGAUGUUAUCACGCCAGCUCAAGUCUCCCGAGGUCGGAAAGCUUUAAGAAAGAAAAUGAUUGAAAUCAACAACGACAUUGAUGAAGUUGGUAACCACUCUAAUAUUGAAAAAGAGGAAGAGGAAGAAGUGGAAAUUGACCCAGAAGUGAUGCAACAAAGAGUUAAGGAAUAUGAACAAAAGAUUCGCAGACAAGAAUUGCAAGCACGAAGGAGGAGAAAAGAGAUGGAAAGAAGGGGUAUCAAAAAUAUAGUUGAAGGAGAAGCAGAAGAGUCUGAGGAUGAGUGGAAGGGACUUGGUGGAGAUGAUGGAGAGUUUAGUGAUGUGGCCAACUCUGAAGAUGAAAAAAUGAUUGACAAUGAUUUUAACAUUGACUUGAAAAAUGAAGAGGUUAGAAGAAAGUUUAUGGAGGAUUAUCAAAUCAAAGACCAAAAGGAGUUGGAAAAACUACUUGAUGAUAUAAAGAACCACAAGUUGAUUCGAAGAGUCGGGCACAAUGGAUUAGACAUUGAAUUGAGUGAUGAAGAGGACCAACUUUUAGCCGCGUAUAGAAGACAGAAACUUCAAGAACAACAGCAGCGUCUUUUACAGAAUAAAAAACUACAAGCAUUGAGCAAGGAUGAAAAAUCCAAAGCAUUCUUUGCCACUAUCCAGGAUAAAAAUGAGCUGAUUAAAAUCGAUAGUGAUAGUGAAAACGAGGUUGAUAAACAAGAAAUAGUUUCGAAUCCAUUCAAUAAUGAGGAAACGAAAAACAAAAAAGUUCACGAUAAAGAGAAAAUUAGUAAUAGCGAAAAUGAUGAUGAAAAAGAGCAGGACUCACUUGAAAAGGUGGAACCAAUUAGGAAAACUAUAAAGAUUGAAGAAUCAUUUGUUCAAAAACAGUUGUCUUUUCUUCACAAUAGCAUCUACGAUGACGAAGAAACAAGAUACCAAAAGUUACAGAAAAUGUCAAACUUUCAGCAUGGUUUAUCUGAUAACGAUGAUGAUGUUGCUGAUUUGAAUGAGUUGAAAUCACGAUGCUCAAUCAAUCUUGGUCACAAGCAGCCACAAAAAGAAUCACGUAAACGAAGUUUAGAUCAGACUGAAACUGAUGUAGACGAUGACGAAGAAGAUACACAAAAAGAUCAAGAACCAGAUAGUGCUCAUACUGCUGUCCAUAAUUACGAGAAGAACUACGUCAAUAAUAGAACUAAUGAUGAUGGUCAAGAAGAAGAAGAAGAAGAAGAAGAUGAUGAUGAUGGAGAAUUCAUGCCUGUUUUCAAAAAGCCAUCGCUCGUUAAAUCAUUCGUGUCCUUCCAGGAACAACAAGGUAUACUGAUCAAAGAUGGUAAACAACACUUUUCAGGAGUUACAAUCAGCAAACAGUACAAAGUUGUCUCAGGUUCAAAAGCUUCAAUUACCUAUAUGUCUAGAAAUAGCAGCAGCAAUAAGAGACAAAACACUGAAAUCAAGAAUAGCAAGCAGCGUCAAAUUGAGAAAAAUCUCAACAACUUUAAGAGAAAAUCAACAUCUUCGCUGUUAUUUUCCAAUUCAGGUUUUUAA